CACAAUGCAUCCUAAAGAAUUUGCCAAGAUGUUCAGUGUUCUUGUCGCUGUUGUUGUCCUAAGGAAGUCAUGCCUGACCACAGGCAUGACUAUCACUCAGGCUCACCGUGUUCUGUCUGUGAAGCUUGGGGAUCCUGUCACAUUAGAGUGCUACACCCAGGUAGACAAAGUCAUACGCUGGCUGUGGCUCAAGAAGAAGCCUGGACAAGCACCAGAGAUCAUCAUCAGCACCUACUAUGACCAGAUGGAUCUCCAUGGAGAGCUAACAGGGGGGAUGAAUGCCAGUGUUAUGCUACGGAAAGACAGCAGAAGCAUGAAUGUGACUUUGUUAAAUGUUCGUUUGUCAGAUAUAGGUGUGUACUACUGUGCCUUUUCUGACUAUGAGCACUACAGAUUUGGGGCAGGAACCUUCCUAUCAAUAACUGGAUAUGAUUGUUGCAUGAAGAACAUUGUACAGCGGCCUGUAUCUGACUCAGUGCAGCCAGGAGAUUCUGUGACCCUGAAGUGUACAAUAGAGACUGAGAGCUGUGCAGGAGAACACAGUGUUUACUGGUUCAGACAUGGAUCAGGAGAAUCCCUUCCAGGAGUCAUUUACACCCAUGGGAACAGGAGUGAUGAGUGUGAGAAGAGCCCUGAGGCUGGAUCUCCUACACAGAGCUGUGUCUACAGCCUCCCCAAGAGGAACAUCAGCCUCUCUGAUGCUGGGACUUACUACUGUGCUGUGGCCAUGUGUGGGGAGAUCCUCUUUGGGAAUGGGACCAAGCUGGAAAUAACAGGUUCACAGUGGAAUGAUCCCCUUGUAAUUUCUUUGGCUACCCUGAAUGCAUGUUUUCUGAUAGUGAUUGUAGUACAACUAGGAAAAAUUUAUGGAUGUUUCUCAGGUAGUUUGGAAGACUCAAGAAGUAAGCCAUGUGGAAAUCAGCCUCAGGAUAAAGAGCCUAGUUACGCCUCGUUGAAUUUUACACGUAGUAAAUUUAUCACUGGGAGACUGAGGGGAGAAGAGAAAACCUACUGUACAUAUUCAGAGGUGAUAUGCCAGCAGAACAAUGAACAACAUCUACAGAAAGAUUGAGAAAACUCAGAAGAAAAUCAUGAUGAUGAUACAUUUAAAAUCUGAUGUUAUUAUCUUAUUUAGAUAUGCAGGUAGAUGUAUAUUGUGCAAUGUAUUACUGCUUGUUGCCAUUUCCUUAGAGAUAGUAUUUACAUUUCCAGAUAUUGUUCAUUCUUCCUUUCAAUAACUUCAGGUUAGUUUGGUUGAGUUUUAUGCAGUUUCAUGUUCAUUAUAUUUACUGCAUUAAAUUAAGUUUAA